AUGGCGCCAAAUGAAGAGGGACGCCAAUUUGAGACGUUUGAUCUUGACUCUGAACCUGACCAGCGUCGCAACGCCGAGAGACAGGUCGUGGAUCUCACAGCAGAGUCAGAUUCAGAUGAAGUUAUACCCGUCUUUCCGAAGUCGCAAUCCGUAAUUGGAUCCGACACGGAUGACGAAGCUGGUGAUGACGAUGAAUAUGAUGAAGACCUGAAGAGAGCUAUUGCGCUCUCGUUGCAAGAAGCUGAAGGAGGCCCGCAUAACGCCUCCAGUCACUUACAUAUUAGCGACUCUGAGAAAGGAGUGAGCCAGAACACUAGAUCCCCCUCAGUAAAAGAGGUCGAAGGGAAGGCGAACGACCAUGAACCUGCUAAGUCCAUGGGUGUCCUUGGUCUCGAUCGAAAGCAGAUGGAGCAAGAGCGUCUCGCACGACUUGCUAAAAGAAAGGCUGAGGAUACUAGCUCUAUUGAUCACCGUGAAGCUAAGCAAUCGAAGAUCGACUCAGCCCCAAGGGCUAGUGUCCAACCCACCAUGGCUGCUGGGGGUACGAUUAUGUCCAAGUCCCAGCCUACAAGCUCUAGGUCCAUCCCAUCUACCUCACCGUCGACUCAAUAUCCAGAGGGUGCUGUCAAAAAGACAUGGGCCUUUGGAUAUCCUCGGCAAGGGGACGAUAUCAAGAUCGAAGAGGUCUUGCAGAAGGCUGAUCUAGAGCUUGCUGUUAUGAGUUCAUUCAUGUGGGAGAUGGAAUGGCUGUUCAGUAAAUUUAACAUUGAGAAAACCCGUUUUAUUCUGGUUAUGCAGGCUGAGGAUGAUGCUACAUACGAAUCAGAGACGGCGACCAUGCGGAAUUUGCGGUUAUGCUUCCCACCAAUGGGUGGGCAGGUCGUUUGCAUGCACUCGAAGUUGAUGUUGCUCUUCCACCCUGAAUAUCUUCGCCUGGUGGUACCGACUGCCAACCUAACCCCAUAUGACUGGGGUGAGAUGAACGGAGUCAUGGAGAAUAGCGUCUUUCUUAUUGACCUUCCGAAAAAGAAUGUCCUGGAGAAGCCUACGACUCAUUUCUAUGAAGACCUUGUGGUUUUCCUUAAAGCCAGUACUCUUCAUGAGAAUAUCAUUGCUAAGCUCGAUAAUUUUGACUUUAGCAAAACAUCGAAAUAUGCCUUUGUCCAUACUAUUCCCAGUGGUGGCUCUCACACAGAUACAGCGUGGAAACGAACAGGCUACUGCGGCCUAGGUCGUGCAGUGGAAAGGCUGAACCUUUGUACAUCCAUACCACUCAAUAUUGACUACAUCGCCUCCUCCGUUGGCGCUAUAACGGACCAAUUUCUCCGCUGCAUGUACCUCGCUUCACAAGUCCCUCGACGCGACAAUCCUUCCAAACUCCUCAAGAAAGACACAGGCUCCGAAUGGAGUGACCGAUUCCGUCUCUAUUUCCCAUCCCAGAACACAGUCGCAACGUCAAAAGGGGGUCCCCGCUGCGCAGGCACCGUCUGCUUCCAGUCAAAAUGGUACAACGGCGAGAACUUCCCACGGCAUAUACUCCGCGACUGUGAAAGUCAAAGAAAGGGCUUGUUAAUGCAUAACAAGAUCCUCUACGUCCGCCCCGACGACCCCAUCCCUUUAUCAGAAACAACCCAAUGCCGCGCAUGGGCUUACAUCGGAAGUGCCAAUAUGUCCGAAAGUGCCUGGGGCCGCCUCGUUCAAGACCGCUCAACAAAAUCCCCCAAGCUCAACUGCCGAAACUGGGAAUGCGGCGUAAUAGUCCCCGUUAUUGAAGACAGGACGGAUAGCUCAGAUUUGAAGGAUAAGAUACACGAAGAUAAAUGCAAAGGCAAAGCCUCUGAAUUUUCUUCGUUAUCAUCAUCGGAUAAUGACGACGGGGCAAAUCUCCCGGUUGUAUUCGAGAAUACUAUUCCAGUUCCGAUGCGUGUUCCCGGGGCGAGAUACAAAGUUGCUGCUACUUACUACUAG